UGAUCAAAUUAUUACCACGUACAACAAUGGCGAGCAGCGAUAACAAACUGCUACUUCAGCACAUCCAAAAGCUAGGCCUAGCAAGCCAUGAGUCUCUCGCACCCAAGUCAACCGAACUGCACCGAUUGCUGCUGAUUCGCUCGUCCGGUGCGCUCACGGGCAAUCUGAGCGAAUCCGCAAAAGCAACACUCUGUAUCGAUCUUGCGGCCAGUCUACUGGGGCUACCGUUCGACACCGAGACAGCUCUCAAACUUUCGGGUCUAAAAAAGCCGGCCUACUCUGGCGGUCGCCGAAUGGUGGAGAAAGUUUUGGACAUCGCUCGGACGGUCGGAAUCGGAGAGAUUUGCGUGCAACUUGGGCUGAAUCAGGUGCAAAACGAAGCGACGGGUUUGCUGGAAGCGUACAAACGAUACGACGGCACCGGUACCGGUUCCGACUUUACCCAUCCACAGUACGCGGCGAUGGCCGUUUAUCAGGCGUGUCAGCGGCGGAAAGUGAAACCGCCCAAAACCAAGCUCGUCGGGCUCAGUCACCUCAAACCGACCCAAUGGGCAAUGCUGGAGAAAAACUGGGAAAAAUGUCUCGCGAACGCGCCGGCAUCCAAUGGUGCCCAAGACGGAAAUAAAGAACCAGAAAUGCAGACUGAGGAAGAGACUAGGGUGCAAACCGACAGCAAACAUGCCUCACGGAAGCAUGGAAGUCCAGAGAAAGUGGAAACGUACCCGAACUGGAAGAAGCGUAUGUUGGAAAAGGCUUACCGCGAGCUGGAGCUUCUUCGGGGCAGUGGAUAAUGCGGAAAACGCAGCGUCCUUGCUAGCCGAUAAAGAUC